AUGUUGACCCGAGGAUCCCGAUUCGCAACAGGCUGUGCCAGGCAGCAGCUCUGGGGCCAAACAAGGGCAUCUCUUCGCAAUCAACGUUCUCGAUACGCUACCUCAACUCAGUCCGCCCCGAAUGGCACCAACGCUGCCUUGGUUGGAGGCGUCGCUGGUGGAGCGGUGACCUUUCUCGCAGGCUACACCUGGUACCACUUUUCCGGAGCCAAGAAGCUUGUUCAGACCGCGAAUCAAACACAAAAAUACUACGACGAAGCAAAGAAGACGGUGGCUCAGAAGACUCCUGAUCCGGACGAGGCCUUUGGUUGGCUGAGAGAUACAGCGAAAAAUUACGCAUCGUGGAUCCCCGGGGCCAAGCCCUAUGUCGACCAGGCGUUUGACGACCUCGAGGAGAUCAAGCGCAAGCAUGGAAAGGAAUUCAAUGAGAUUGUCAGUGAUGCGUACAAAGACUUGCGCGAAGCUACAAAGAAAGGCGGUCUUGAUGUGAACACCGCUGUUAAGAUACGGGACAUUUUACAGAAGCACUUCAAGCGUCUGUAUGAACUGGCUGGCGAGUCUGCAGGUGACAUCCUUGACAACCAUCCCGAGCUCAAGGAGAAGGUCGGCGGCAGCUUGGACCAGCUCAAGGAGAUGGGCAAUGCCUAUGGUCCGCAGGCGAAAGAAGAGGUAGACAGAACAUGGCAGCAAGUGAAGGAUAUUAUCUCAAGCGGCGUUAAUCCCGAGACCGUCCAGAAGAUUCAAAGUCUGGCCCAGGAAAAGAGGGAGAAGCUCCAGAAGUUCGGCGAUGAGGCGUGGCAGCGAGGUAUGGAAGAGGUUAAGCCAUACCUUGAUCGAAACCCCAAAGUCAAAGAACUUGUUGAGAAAAACAGUGAUGCAUUGAGAAAGGGCAACUUUGGGGAACUCUGGGGUCUAAUCAAGGAAAGCUCGUCUUCAGGCAACCUAGGAAACCUGGAGGGAUACAUCAAUAAAACCGUUGAUCAAGCCAAGAAGAGUGGUUUCAACCUUGACAGUCUGGCAGAUAAGUUGCCAGGAGGCUCAAACAUUCUCUCCCAGCUGCAGUCACUCCAGAAUAUCGCGCAGAAGAAGGGUCCAGAGGCGGAGAAGAUUCUCCAGGAUACCCUCAAUGACAUCCAGGGUGUCUUAUCGGAGAGAACCAAGCAGGCCGAGAACCUUGCUGAAGAGGCUAAGAAAGAGAGCAAAUGA